GAGCUGCUGGACAUAAAAUCAGAUGCCGUCUCCCACGUCCGACCACCUAGUACCACCUUCGCUUCGUCUCGUCGCUCGUCGCUCAUUCUCUCCUUACUGUCGCUCAAGCUUCCCAACUAUUACCCGCUCGUUAUGCAUCCAUUCACUCUUCUUUUGCCGCUCCUCGGCCUCGCCGCCGCUGCACCUCCCCACGGCGGCACCAAUUUCUGCAAAAAGGCGCUUCAAUCCCUUGGUUCGGCGCAGCAGACCGCUGAGGCACGGCAGUACUGCUCCUCCCGGUAUCCGGUAGGGCCGUUGACGGUCACCAAGACGUCUACCAUCUAUUCAGGCACCACCACCGCUGUCGUGACCUCCACCACCUCAAUCACCACCAUCACCUCCACCCAAACCAGUGUCACGACGACAACCUCGACCGUCACCUGCGGAGUCCCCACCACCACAAUCCCGGAGCCGACCACCACUGCUGCGGCGCCGACGAAACGCGAUGCCGAUGUGAGCAAGCCCACGGCUUGGUCGCACUACCCAGCGAACGAGUUGAAACGGGCGUGCAAUUGCCUUCAACACCACUCAACCCACACGGUGACCAAGACCAUCACGGCGGAACACACCUCGACCUCUACGACCGACGUUGCCGGCACCACCACUACGAAUACAGUCUCGAUGUCGACCGCAACGGUCUACGUCGCUGACGUCCCGACAUUCUCCAUCUACGUGUUGGGACCGGCACCUACCGGCGGCACCAACAACAACGGUAACUACUGGGGAUUGGGAGGAGUCUCCGGUUCAACUUACACCCAGAUCAUCGUCAACGAAGGGCAAAGCGGAGCGACGAGUUUCUCCCUCACGGCCGACGCCUCGCUGCAGGUGGAUUCGGAUCCCUCCACUGGUACGACCUACGACGGAGCCCUAGCCAUCGAAGAUUCGAGCUUCAGUGGGAUUUCGCCAUACUUGGUGUACGCUCAGACCCCGGCGGGAAUCACUGCAGACCAGACAGACGGGACACAGGUCACCAUCUCCUGUUCCAUCACGGCGAACAGUGAUAACACAUGUCCCAUGGCCUGCAUCACUUCCGCCGGAAACUCCUACUUCAACUACUGCUCCUACGGUCUGCGCCUUGACCCGCAGGGUGGGAGCUGCGGAGACUACCAACACCCGUUCACUCCCUAUGCCAUCGCUCCUACGGUUUGAGGCGAGCGACGGACAAUGGUCUGCUUUGUGCUUUUCGUGCCCGGUGGCGGCGAUUUGGUUCUAUACUACCUCUUGCAAUCUAUAUCAAUCGCUCUGAAUUUCUGAUGCAGGCCACAUCGACGUGGCUUUCGGAUUACACCCUUGUCUUCCCCCGAAUCGUAGAGCUCAACGUUCCAGCUAUGGUGGUGUGCUUCAACAAUCCAGUGGAGCCGUGAG